AUAGUCCCAGAGAGUGUGUCAGUGUGUCCACCGCGGGUCUGAGAGGGACUGCCAGCACCUCCACACACAUGAAGAAGUGAAAACCGGCGUUUUCCGAGGACUUCCGGUCAGGUUUUCCCGCUUUUGGACAGAGACCCAGACAGGGCAGAAUGUCGAUGCAUUUUAGGAGCGGACCGGCCUUCGGACUCUCUGCCGAGGUUAAGAGUAAGCUGGCCAGCAAGUAUGACCCUCAGAAGGAGGAGGAGCUGCGGAUGUGGAUCGAGGACGUGACCGGCAAACGGAUGGGAGACAACUUCAUGGAGAGCCUGAAGGAUGGAGUCCUGUUGUGCGAACUCAUAAAUGUUCUUCAGCCAGGUUCAGUGAGGAAGAUCAACCACUCCAACCAGAACUGGCACCAGCUGGAAAACAUUGGGAAUUUUGUCCGUGCGAUAACGGAGUAUGGUCUGAAGCCACACGACAUCUUUGAGGCUAACGAUCUGUUUGAGAACGUCAACCACACUCAGGUCCAGAGCACGCUCAUCGCUCUGGCUGGAAUGGCCAAGUCCAAAGGUUUCCACUCCAAGUAUGAUAUCGGGGUGAAGUACGCUGAGAAGCAGCAGCGACGCUUCGCCCCUGAGAAGCUCAGGGAGGGACGCAACGUCAUCGGUCUUCAGAUGGGCACCAACCAGUUUGCCAGCCAAAAGGGGAUGACUUCUUAUGGGACGCGACGCCAUCUGUAUGAUGCCAAAAUAGCCAUGGACAACCCAAUCGACCAGUCCACCAUCAGCCUGCAGAUGGGCACCAACAAGGGAGCCACCCAGGCGGGGAUGACUGCUCCAGGAACAAGGAGGCACAUCUUUGAUAAGAAGCUGGAGCUGGAGAACUGUGACACCACCACCAUCUCUCUGCAGAUGGGCACCAACAAAGUGGCCUCCCAACAGGGCAUGACCACGUACGGUCUGCCCCGCCAGGUUUACGACAACAAGUACUGCGCCAACCCCGCCGAGGCGUUUUACGACAACGGGAGCGAGGUGGAGUUUGACGGUUACAACCAGUACUCUGACUAAAGAAACAGCAUGGAUGGCCCCGCUCUCUGCUUCACCCUCAAACCACCACUGAACAAAAGCUCUGGACUGAUAUUUAAUUCAAAUCAAAGUCAUGAUCAAGUUCAUUCCCUGUUUUUAAAAUGUUUUUUUAUUGUUAGAAAGGUAUUUCCUUCAUUUCAAACCAAUGUUUGCUUUUGAAGGUUGUUACAUCUAGAAGAUCUUCACACAACAUGACUUCUUUUCUAUUUAUAGUUUUUGUUUUUUGUACCUGAGAUUUUAGGCCUUCAGAAGUCGAAGAGCAUGAAAGCUCGUCGAGAGCUCGCCACUGUCACGUCGGUGCUAUGAACUUUGGCCCAAUUGGAGUCCAUGUCCGCGGGUUCACCCACGGCAGAAGCUCCCGGUCCACGAUGGACUGAUGGACAAAUGCAGAAACUGUGGUUUGAUUGCUUAAAGUCUCUUGUUAUUUAAAGCAGUAGAAGUUUUUCUUUGAGCUUAGGUCACUGCUUUGAUGAAGGAGCAUGCGCAGGUGUAGUGUAGCUGUUUGAAGGUUUAACUUUGCAUGAAAGUCCUGUUUUCUCCUCAUCCCAGGCUUCUGAAACUGUAGCUUUGUCUGAAAACUGGUGAAAGUAGAUCAGCAAAGAUACUUUAAAGAUCCACUUCGAUCAUCUUUUGAUUUAUUUUCAAAGUUUUCCCAGGGAUCUUUUAAUUAUAACAUUUUUACUUAAAAUCAACACUCUUGUGGUUUUCUAGGACAUAGUUUCUGCAGAAGUUUAUUAAAUAUUCACCACUGAGUUGUGGGCGGGACCAUUUGCAUGUAGCAACCCCGCCCCCUUUCCCCUCAUCAUUGAUGUGAGCUCUCUGGAGCUGUCCAGUUCUGAUCCAAAUUCCAGCUCAGACAGACGUUGAUGGAUCUUUUUGUCUAUACGUGGAUGAUCAGAAUGGGGCGGAGCCUGGAGCUUGUGUAUUUUCUACAUCCCAUAUAGCUCUUUUUUAAAUGGUUCACAGCGAUUUUAAUAAAGAAAUACUCAGAAAUGCAAUUUUAAUAUUAUUUUUUUAUAUGUUCUCCAUCAUUAGAUAGAAAAUGUAAAAACAAAAAAUUAAGGUGGAUCUUUAAAGUACUUUCUUUUAUGCCUUUUAUGAUUUUUUUUUUUUUUUGUCCAUUUUUAUCCACUGCUGCACAGGAAGGCAACCGAUUUUACAGACUUUCCUCUGCCUAGCAUUGAGCAUUGAUAAUAGUAAACAGCUGCAAAUGUGAAUUCUGUUGAACACUGUUGUUCAUCACGUCAUACGCUCACCGAAAGAACUGAAUGUAGUCAUUCUGAAGGUUCCACCACAGGAUUUCUCCUCUUGGAUCACUCUUAAGGCUUGCACAUGAGUGCCCUCUAGUGGCCAGCUUUGGUAAUGAAUGCUAACUUAGUGUUGCUAAUGCUAAACCCAAACUUUUAUAUGUUUUUUUAAGACGAAUAUUAAGUAUUUGGAGUAUUUCACCCUUAAAUGUUUGUUUGAUCACCCCUCUGGCACAUUCCUCUUCACCAGAAAUUACAUUUGUGCAAUAAAAGACACCUGAAAAUGG